AUGGAAAGUACUGAUAAAUUAUUGACUGAAGAUAAUGAAUCAACUAUCCAACCUUCACAAUCAUUAAAUAAUCAUAUACCUAAUAAAAAGAAUAGUACCAAUAAUAAUAAUAAUAAUAAUAAUAAUAACAGUCAUAAAAAAUCAAAUAAGAAAUCAAAAUUAUUAAAUGGUUUAAAUAAUAAUACAACAACUAAUCAAACUAAUGAUUUAAGUAAUGAAAUAAAUAAAAGUACUUCAUCAUUAGAAAAAUUAAUAAAUUCUGGUACUUAUAUUGAUCAUAGAAAAUAUGAUGAUUUAGCUCAUUUACAUUCUUCACCUGCAAGAUCAAGAAGAAGAUCAAAUGGUAAUAUCUUUAAAAAAUCAAAUAGUAUUAAUAAUUAUCAAACUACUAAUACCGAUUCACAAAAUUAUAAUCAACAUCCAAAUAUUCAACAUGUUUCAACUUCACCAACUUUACCAUUAACAAAUAGAAAUUUACAACUGUUAUUAAGAAAUUCUUCAACUUCAUCAGAUAAAGAUUUUAAUUAUCCAAAUAAUAUCAACAAUAAUAAUAAUAAUAAUGAUACAAAUGGUAAUAUAUCACCAAAUGCAAUAGCUGUAGAUAUGGAUCAAUUUACUAAAGAACAAAGACAAUUUGCAAGAUCACAAUCUUGGCAAAAUCCAUUUGAAAAUGAUGAUGGAGAAAUUCGUCAUGUUUAUUCUGAUAAUUUUGAACAAAAUGGUAGAAAUAAUCCAGAUGAUCAAGAUUCAUAUUCUGUAAAUUCAUUAGAAUUUGGUGAAUCAAAUCCAUCAAGUGAUCAUUCAAGUGAUUCUACUUCAUUAGAUGAUGUUUGUUAUUAUGAUUAUCAAAGAGAUGAUGAAAAAAGAAAUGAAUGGCCAAAUUUAGAAGUUUUAGAAGAAUUUAUAAAAGAAGAAUAUGAAGAAAUUGAAAAAGAACAACAUCAAAAGGCUUUAGAGCAUAAACAUACUGUCAAUUUUGGUAAAGAUGUUGUACAUGAUUCUCAUUCAAAUAAAUAUGCACCAACUACUCGACCUACUACUACAACUACUAAAUCAGCAGCAUCAUCACCGCCAUUAACAACAUCAACUACGAAAAUCACAAAAAAAGAUUCAUAUGAAGUAGAAGAUGAAAAUGAUGAUGAUAAAGCAGAGUCAGAUGAAAAUACUCCUUUAAUUGACAAUUUUAAAGUAAAUGAAUUAGAUUCAUUAGAUCUGUUACAUGAUUCGUUUAGAAUUAGACCAACUCCCACUCAACCAUGGGAAAAAUCAAAAGAUCAAAUACCAACUAUUUUAAAUAGAGGUCCAAGUUUUAAUAACCCUCAAAACAGUAAUUCUAAAGAAGGUGAAUUAUGUCGGUUUACUUAUUUUAGAGAAGAUUUAGCUAAAACUAUACAUUCACCUACUUUAGGUGGAUUAAUAAACAAUGAAGAAUCAAAUUUAACGAUUUAUGAAAGAUUAGUUGAAUUAUUUAGACCAAAUAUUAAAGUAUCUGGUGCUCCAUCAACAAGUUCACACUCACAUAAUAACAAUAAUAAUAACAAUAACAAUAACAAUCACAAGAAACAGGAAUCAUUAAGUUCUAGUAAUCUACAGGCCUUAAAAGUCCCAAGAAUUGGCAAUGAAACUCCUUUACCGUUAUCAGUUGGGGAUUUAACUAUAUCUGAUCCAUUUUGGUUAGAUGUAUUAGAUCCAACAGAAGAAGAAAUGAAAGUUAUAUCAAGAACAUUUGGUAUACAUCCAUUAACUACAGAAGAUAUAUUUUUAGGAGAAGCAAGGGAAAAAGUUGAAUUAUUUAAAUCUUAUUAUUUCAUUUGUUUUACUUCUUUUGAUGUCAUUUAUGAAAGAAGAAAACAGAGGGCAAAAGAACAAGAAAAAAAAUUUAAUAAAUUACAAGAAAUGUAUGAUAAUCUCUCGGAUACUACAAGUUUAUAUGGACAUAAUGGGAAUAGUCUAAAAGUUAAAGUUCAUAGAUUUUUCAGUAAUAUUUUUAGGAGAAACAAAAGAAAAUUUACUAAUUCAGUCAAUGAAAUUCCAUUAUCAACAACAGUGAAAUCCAAAACCAAGAAAAUAAGAGAAGGUGAAUUAUCACCAUUAAAUAUGUAUAUUAUAGUUUUUAAAAAUGCAGUUAUUACAUUUCAUUUUUCACCAACACCACAUCCAAUAAAUGUUAGAAGAAGAGCUCGAAUGUUGAAAGAUUAUUUAACAGUUUCAUCAGAUUGGAUAUGUUAUGCAUUAAUUGAUGAUAUUACUGAUUCUUUUGCACCAAUGAUUGAAUCUAUUGAAGUUGAAGUGAAUUCUAUAGAAGAUGCCAUAUUAAGAAUGCAUUCAGGUGAACAUGAUGAUUCAGAUGAUUCAGAUUCAGAAGAUGAAAAUGAAAGUCAACAUUAUAAUAGUAGUCAUUAUAGACGUCAACAACAAAAACAUCAACAUCAACAAUUUCAACAACAAGGAAUACGUCAUAGAAAAAAUCAACAAGAUCCUCAUGAAAAUGUAUUCAUAUGGAGGAAAAGAUCAAAAUCAACUGUUGAUCAUAAUAAUAAUGGAUUAUUUAAAAUGAAUAAAAAGACAAAAUCAAAAUCAAGUACCACAUCAACAUCAACUUCAGAUACAGGUUCAUCCAAAAUUUUAGGAUGGAAAAGAAAAGGAGAUAUGUUGAGAAGAAUAGGAGAAUGUCGUAAACGAGUAAUGUCAGUACUUCGUUUACUUUCAUCAAAGGCAGAUGUUAUAAAGGGAUUCAGUAAAAGAUUUAACGAUUUAGACUCAAAUAAUUUAAAUACAAAUUAUCAUCAACAUCAAUCAGAAAUAGCAAUGUAUCUUGGUGAUAUUCAAGAUCAUAUAGUAACAAUGAGUCAAGCAUUAAAUCAUUAUGAAAAAUUAUUAGCAAGAUUUCAUUCAAAUUAUUUAGCUCAAAUAAAUAUAGAUAUGACAAAAGUAAAUAAUGAUACUAAUGAUGUAUUGGGAAAAAUAACUAUUUUAGGUACUAUUGUAUUACCUAUUAAUGUUGUUACUGGAUUAUGGGGGAUGAAUUGUUUGGUACCUGGGCAAGAUUAUGAUGGAUUAGCUUGGUUUUGGUGUAUUGUUGGAGCUAUGGCUUUGUUUAGUCUUGUUGCUUAUAAUUAUGCAAGAAAAGUCACUGGAUUAUAA